GUUUUGCAUUUCUAUCUUUGCACUCGCUGCAUCGAACAGAUAGUACGGAAAAGCUACAGUUACAAUCUCCCUAACUCAACCACCAGGCGUAUUCAAUAUGUUUUCCAACAAAACAGAAAGUGAUGCCUCAAAACCCCUGAACGAUAUUAAUUCUGCAGAUGCCGUCCCUGUCAACAACACCGAUCGCUACCCGCCCAUCCCACUGCCGGCACCUCCACUACGACCAGGAUCGCAAUCCAAGGACUCGGGGCCAGAACAAGGUGCUCACUUAAUGGAAACUGGAGCUGCUGGCGGCGAAGAGUUUGUUAUCCUUGAGCAGAUUGUGGUGAUUAAGAACAUUGUAUUCGAUGAUCAAAGUAUACGCAAGGGUUUUAUCCGGAAGGUGUUUGGAAUUUUUCUGGUCCAAUUGCUGUUUACACUUGGAGUAAUGGCCUUUUUCUUGUACCAUGAGCCCACCAAGUACUUUGUGCAGAAGAACGCCAUUGUCGUUAUAGUGGCUGCGAUAAUUAACAUCAUGGUCGCGAUCCUCAUUGUCUGCUCGGAGACCGUGCGACGCAAGCAUCCCGUGAACCUAGUUUGCUUGGCCAUCUAUACUGUUACCAUGUCCCUGCUGUUGGGCGCUUUAUCGAGCUUCAUGAACGCCGAUGUUGUGCUCUUGGGAGUCGGAAUUACGGCCAUAUUGGUCAUUGGACUCUCAGUGUACGCCCUGCAGACCAAGGUCGAUUACACCGCUAACGGCGCUGUCCUUGUCACCUUUUCGAUGUUCUUCCUCCUCCUGAUAGCUGCAAUGUGUUGGUCUCCAUAUGGGGGGUAUAACAACUUACCCUUCUCAUUAUUCGGCGCCCUCUUGGGUUGCUUCUACCUGAUCUACGACAUCCAGAUGAUGAUCGGCGGCAAUCACCAGUAUCAGUUCGAUCCCGAGGAGUAUGUGUUCGCUGCUCUUUCCCUUUACGUCGAUGUGAUUCAAAUAUUGAUCUAUGUCCUUCGAAUUCUGGAGAAAUUCAACUAGUGGCACAGCCGAGGAAGGUCCUUGGACAAAAGCCCGUCAACGAAUUUUAUUCCUAAUCAGAAAUCAAAAUAUGUGUGCCAUUAAAAACAAGAAACUGCAAGAACGUACUAGAACUGGAUGUUGGAGCUCAAGAGAAGGCCUGCCAAUUGGUAUAGGUAAUUCAGGAUUUUAUUAACUUACUUUUUUGGCUCAUAUUGUUCUAGGACAGUUUACAUUAAAUUUAUAUAUUCAUAUACUGUAUACGUGAGUGUCUACGUGGAGUAACUAUAAAAUACAAUCACAAAAUGUA